AUUAAUGAAUUAGGAGCGAAAUUGGAGAGAAGUGAGCGUCAAGCUCACGACGAAGGAAGGGUUGAGGAGAGGCAACGUGACAAUGAGGAGCAGCUCGUGCUCCACCUCCCCGAGCAGCAACAACGUGAGGAGCAGGAAGUGAUAGAACCAGUACCGGCACUGGUUCACGAUGAACCAGAGGGGGAGGAGGAAGACGAGGUAACGGAUUUACGGCAAUUAUCACACGAGCCGUUCCUCAAUGAAGAAGUUAUUGAUGCGGUGCCAAGAACCCCGGUAGUGGUCCGGAAACGUAGAGAAAUAAUAGCAGCUCGUGAAAUUGUAUUACGUUCCCGGACGAUACGAGUCCCAAUUGUAGAUGUAGGACAUGAAGCGGUACCAGCGAGCCCGAAAGCCUUCCAUGUGCCGGUCGUGGAAGGUUUACCGGCUCAUUAUCAAGAACUGCUGGUUGUACCGGAAAUCGACCCGUAUAAGAUAAUUAGAAAUAACGACGGGUCGGUAAUAAUUGGAUGCGGCAUGUGUCCAAAGGAAUUUGGGACUCUAAAAGGAUGGAGAAUCCAUGCCGCCAAAAUGCAUACACAGAAUGGCUUUUGCCACAAAUGCGGCCAUUUCGUCAAAAUGCCGCAUGUCCGCUGCAUUGAAGAAAUUGCAGCCAUGAUGGAGCUCCAUUCUUUGGAAUGGUGCCCUAAAGCCACAAAGGCUGUUAUCAGCGAAAGAGCUGCAAAGCGGCGCAGGCUGGAGUUAGUGGGUAGAAAUAAUGAAGCGGAGUACUAUUAUAUUCCUGGUAGGUGA